UGGCACCAUGGAGGACAUCUUCAAGGAUCAAGACUUAUGGUCCUUUAAUGAGUCAUCCAGAAACUCCAGCGUCCACAACGAAACUUACAGCGUGAACCAGACGGUGAACCCGCUGAAGCGGAAUGAAGAGGUGGCGAAAGUGGAAGUUACUGUACUGGCCUUAGUGCUCUUCUUGGCACUCGCCGGUAACCUUUGCGUCCUUGUAGCAAUCCACACGGCCAAGCACAGUCAGUCUCGCAUGUAUUACUUCAUGAAGCACCUCAGCAUCGCGGAUCUGGUCGUAGCUGUCUUCCAGGUACUUCCUCAACUCAUCUGGGACAUCACGUUUCGCUUUUAUGGACCAGACAUUCUGUGCAGGCUGGUGAAAUAUCUUCAGACCGUUGGGAUGUUCGCCUCCACGUACAUGCUCGUGCUGAUGUCCAUAGACAGAUGUAUGGCGAUCUGCCAGCCUCUUCGUUCUUUGCACAAGAGAAAGGACCGCUGUUACGUGAUUUGUUCUUGGGCGCUAAGCUUGCUUUUCAGCAUCCCGCAGGUUUAUAUAUUCUCCUUACGGGAGGUGGGUUCGGGAGUUUACGAUUGCUGGGGAGAUUUCGUGCAGCCUUGGGGAGCGAAAGCCUACAUCACGUGGAUUAGUCUGACAAUAUACAUCAUACCGGUGGCCAUUCUGAGUGUCUGCUACGGACUGAUAAGUUUUAAAAUAUGGCAAAACUUUAAAAGGAAGACAAAGAGGGAUCAGUGUAUCACUCUCACGCCCAAGGCAUCGAAAGGCAGCGCGCUCGCGCGGGUCAGCAGCGUCAAACUCAUCUCCAAGGCUAAAAUCACCACCGUUAAAAUGACAUUUGUUAUCGUCUUGGCUUAUAUAGUGUGCUGGACUCCGUUUUUCUCCGUACAGAUGUGGUCGGCGUGGGAUCCCGAAGCACCAAGGGAAGCAAUGCCCUUCAUCAUUUCCAUGUUGCUGGCCAGCCUGAACAGCUGCUGCAACCCUUGGAUCUACAUGUUUUUUGCUGGGCAUCUCUUUCAUGACCUGAAGCAGAACCUGCUGUGCUGUUCCACCCUCUAUCUGAAAUCCUCUCAAUGCCGCUGUGAUCCGGAGCAAGAUUCCCGUAAGAGCAACUCCUCCACCUACGUCAUCAAAAGUACCAGCAGCCAGCGGAGCAUCACCCAGACCUCUGUCACAUAAACCAGACGUACCUCAAAGCCAGCUUUUCACAUUUUUGAAAGCCAGACUGGAAAGCUAAAAUAUAAACCCACACAAGACUGCAAAUGUCACCAUCGGUUCGCGUCAGCUGUGUUUUCGGUUGGGAAUUAUUCAGAAUGUCAUUUUCAUUACUCUACUUCGUUUUCUUAUCUCUGAGGACCUUGAGCAGCAGUAAUGUAUUCCCGUGCCUUCAUGCAUUGUGUUUCUAGACAUUACAGAAGGAACAUCAUUCGAUUCCAGACUGCGUUUAUGGGUCUGUUUACAUUUAGUCACACAUCGUUUGAAUUGCUAUCUGAUUGUGCAUGCGCAUUUGCUUUGGCCACAUAAAUGUGUCUUGGUGCUGGGAACCAAAAUUGGCAACACUUGAUGUAGCUCAUAAAAACAAGACGUGGCUGAAUUAGCUUUGACAAUCGUGGUACGAUAGAUAACAACCAUAAUGAGCCACAUUCUGUUUGGGGCUCGCAAAAACCUCCGUACGCUGACGUAGAUAUGUUUAGGAGGAGUAAAGUUUGCAUAAGUGGCCUGAACAGCCAGAUGGAUUUACACUUGGCCGAGUCUCUAACAGUCAGAUCGGAUUUCUGUCGCUCUUAAGCGUGUCUUAGAGGGUCCAAGUGUAAAGAGCCCUGAUAUGAUGUAAACAUGAAAAAAACUAGUCAACCAUGAAGGGAUAGUUCAUCCAAAAAUGAAACUUUUAUUAUUUACAGUACUCAUGCCUCCGUACCUUCAUGAAGACGGCAGUGAGAGGUAAUCGGAUCGUCACUGCUUAUUGUGAAAAAUCAAGUUUGACAUACAUUGAAUUGAAGAUGACAGCAGGUUAUAUAAUUUUAUGGGUUAUGAGGAAGCAAUUGUCACUCAACACAAAACAGUUCGCAUAUGGGUUCGAGACGAGGAGGUUAACAACACACAGAUGAAAACAAGAUGUUGAUGACACAUGAAGUGUUUCUUCUGAAAGCUAAUGAGAAACAUGGCCAGUUGCUCUUUUUAAUGAACCUGACUUGUCAAAAGAGAGUACUUUUGUUUGUUUUAAGAAAACAGAGCACUUUCAUUUUUGGCACAUACAUGAUUAUGUUGUUAUCACUGUAUGGUCUUUAUCAUUUUACGUGUAAACUUUACUGUCAUGCCCAAAGGACCACAUCUCUUUGCAAAAUGUUUCUGCAGUGCAUCAUGGUAAUCAAACAUGGCAAACACCUGGUUUGUUUUCAAAAUGCAAAGGACUGAUUGUUUACUCCUUCACUUUUAUGGUUGUUUUCCUGUAAGACGGAGUGUUUGUUCAAUGAGAUUAAAGUGUUUAUUCCAGUUACAUAUUUUGCUUAAUAUCGCUCUAAAAACAUGAUUUCAUGUUGCCUAUGUUUGUAGCUUCAUCUUUAUAAAAUACUCUAAAGAAAAUAUGUGUACAAGAGGAAAAGUGAAUUUCGUACAAUUGUUUAUGAGUGCUGCGAAAUGAGAAGGAUAAAGACAAUGAUAAAGGCAGUAGCUAUUAACAGCAGGAAAUAUUUAUUUUAUAAGGUUUAAAUAUACUAUUCACUGAAAUGCUUGUUACUUUCUUAUUUCAAAAGCUACUGAUUUUUUUCCUCCUGGAAAAUAUACUGCCUAUUUACAUUCACUAUGUGUAGCUGUAGCUUUUAUUUAUUGAAAUAAAUUGUGUGCUGAUAUGUCGAACUGUGACUAAAUGUUUUGAAAAGUGGAGAAUAAUAAGCCAACUAAAGUGAGCAGCUGAAAGCAAAUAGAUCAAAUUGCAAAGUCAUAAUUUAUUUAUUUAUUUAUUUAUUUUUUCCCAGCUGAACCAUUUGGUAUUUAUUAAGGGAAAAGGGAAAAUUUGAUGAAAUAUGUUCAUGAAAACAUAUUUCAUUGCAAAUUCAUGGCUUCAGUUUAAAGACGUUAAAUGUUUUCAGUGUCCCACUGAGGGAAAUAAAAUUUCUGUGUUUAAUUGUUGUAUAGGGUAGGAAAAGAGUAAAAAAAGGAAAUAUAUAUUUAUAAUAAACAAUUCAAACCAUUAUUAUUUUUACUUAACUUUUUAAUUAGUAGUUGUACAGAAUAUAUCUGACAUUGUCAUGAUAAAAAUACCACACUCAGCAACAUCCCAUUUUAAAUCUGUCGAAGAGAGAAACCACAUGAUAUAUAAGACUUAUUCUCCAGUGUCUGUAAUAGAGGCCUUUCAUCAUACGUCUCUCUGAAAAAGCAGGUGGCCUAAUCCUGAAUUGCUCCCAAAGCCUCUAACAUAAACUGAGAA